AUGUUGCAUGGGCUGGGCCUGCUCCGGCAGCAGUACACCAAGUACGCCGCGGGAAGUUCGCAGAGUCCGGAGAGUACGAUUCAGGUGCUGGCACAGAAACUGUCUGAUGCCACCCUCGCGCGCGAAGACCGGCGCGCGGCGCUCCUGUCGCUGCGCGCCUUGACGCGUGACCAUGCCGCCGCCGUAGGCGAGCACGCACUCAUCCCCCUCCUCCGUUGGAUCAAGACCAGGGAGAGCGACGAGGAAAUGCUGCGUGCGGCCGUCGAGGCGUGCCUGUCGUUGUGUCAGGUGCCGCAGGGAGAUACCAGCGGCGAAGGCCACAAACGCGCCGUGUCAAAUAUGCACCGCCUGCUCGACGAGCCGGACGCACUGCUUGCGCUCCUUGCGCUGCUCGCACCUGCGCACGCUUUCUAUACACGCUUUGCAGCGCUUCAGCUGCUCGCGACGCUCCUCGAGCACCGCCGCGCCGACGUCCAAGAAAAGGUGCUCGCCGCGCCGGGCGGGUGCAGCGCAGUGCUCCAGUGCCUCGAGGCAGCGCCCACGUCGAGCACCGAGAUCAUCCGCAACGAGGCUUUGCUACUCCUGCCGUCGCUCGCGAGCGGAAGCGCAGAUAUCCAAAAGAUCAUUGCGUUCGAAGGCGCUUUCGAGCGGCUUCUCGAUAUUAUCGCCCAGGAAGGGCGCAUCGAGGGCGGCGUCGUCGUCCAGGACGCGCUCACUGGCCUCGAGGCACUCUUGGUCGACAAUGGCUCGAACCAGAACUACUUCCGCGAGACGCUCUCGAUUCCGCUUCUGGCGCCGCUGCUCUUCUUUCCCCCGCCCCUCCCCCCGAGCGCAGACGAGCUGGCAAAGCACGAGUACAGCUCGCUCCGCGACGCUUUCCUCCUCCAGGAAUGGGACGAGGAAAAGCUCGCGAACGCGCUCCUCUUGGUGCGCUGCAUCCGCCACCUCGUCGACGGCCACGGCGACGACCACCGCGAAAACCAGCGUGCGAUGCGCAACAGCGGCCUGACCGAGUGCUUGGUGCAGCUCGUCUUUGCGAGUCUUGCGCCGCCGCUGCUCAAGGCACAGACACUGCACCUCCUCGCCUCGGUCCUGCGCAACUCGCGGCAGAAUCAAGACCUGCUCAGCACCUCGGUCGUGACGCCCGUGGCGCUCGUCCGCCGCGAGGACGCCAACGAAGAGAUGGGCGAGCCGCCGUUCCAGCUGUCGUGGCAGGCACCGCAGCCCGCGAUGCUGUGCCUCAUUGCGCUGGCGCUCCGCGGGCCCGGCGCGACCGAGAUGGCGUCGCAGGCCAUGGCCGUGCGCACCGCCGCGCUCGCCGCUUUUGACGCGCUCGUCGCGCAGAAUGUUGACGUGCGCAUGACACUUCUCCAUGCGCUCGUCGCCGCGCCGGCCCCUGGACAGAACCACGGCAACUCGAACCAGCUCCUGCUCGAGUCGAUCGCACACUUGCCGAGCACGUCGCUGGUGUCGUCCACGACGAGCACCAAGUUUGACGCGUCGCAGUACCUCUUUGCGUCGCUCAUGCUCAGCAGCCUCUUGCACGGCAGCGACACCACAAAGGAAUUUGCACGCCGCAUCCACCUCGACCAGAGCGGCCGCUGCGUCGCCUCGGCGACGCUCCAGGCGCCCGAGGGCGACGAGGAUCCCCCGACGACGCUCUUGCACCUGAUCGUCGGCAACCUCGCCAUGGCGAUGCGCGAGCUCGGCGAGGCGGUGCGCCGCGAGCGCGCGGCCGCCGCGGACGCCAACACGAGCAGCUCCGAGGACUGGACACGCGUCAUUGUCGGCUACCUCGUCCUCCUCUGCCACUGGCUCUGGCAGAGCCCAGAGAGUGUCGCGGACCUUAUCAGCGAGAGCGCAAACCUGCAAGUGGUCUUGCAGCCUGUCGCACAAUCGAGUGGCGUGGACGUCGUGAUCCAGGGCCUCGCGGCGUUUGUGCUCGGCGAGCUGUACGAGUUCAACCCGCUCACCUCGCAAGAGGACGGCGUGUUGACGCGCCAGGCGAUGCACCCUAUUCUCUACUCGCGCAUCGGCCCGGACGCGUUCUCGACGCGCCUCGUGCGCCUCAAGAGCGAUCCGCGCUUUGCGACGGUCGGCCCGGACGUCUUUGAGCAGUUUGUCACGCUCGCGGCACAGCCCGGCAAGGACGAUACGCCGCAGCUCUACUUUUCGUGGCUCUUUGUCGAGUUCUGGAAGGAGCACUAUGCGCGCAUGCAAAAAGCGGUCCUCGUCGAGCCGGACACGACGUCUGCGUCGUCCGCCGAGAGCUCCGCCGAGCUGCUCGACGCGCGGCAGCAGAUUACCACGCUCACCGCCGAGCUGCACCGCGUCCAAGCGGAAGCGGCCCUGGUCGACGGGCUGCGUGCCGACGCCGCCAAGGCCCAGGCAGAGGCCGCAGAGAGCACGCAGCUCCGUGAGCAGCUCGCGGCCGUGCGCAACGUCCUGGACGAGACCAAAAAGGCACUCGACGAGGCCCACCAACAGCUGCGUGCGCAGACCGGCAGUGCCAAAGAGUCGAACGACGAGCACGCGCAGGCCUCGGAAAAGCUCAGGGCGGAACACGCCGCGGCGACCGAGCGCCUGCGUGCGGAGCUUGGCGCGGAUAGCCGGCGCAGGCAAGAGGAACACGCCGCAGAGCUGGAAAAGCUGCGGCAGGAGCUAUUCAAAGAGACGCAGCUGCGCGAAGAGCACCAGAACGAGCUCGCGCGUCUGCGGGAGGAGCACGCCAAGGGCGCGGCGCCGGCAGACGACGCGCAACUUGCGCAGGAGAACGAAGACCUGCUUGUCCUUCUCGACGAGCUCUCGACCAAGCACAAGCGCAACAAGGCGCGCAUGCGCAUGCAGGGCUGGGACGUGAGCGAGGAUGAGGACGACGACGACGACGACGAGCUCUAG